UGAAGUUACCUUUUUUUUAAUUCCAAAAUAUUUUAAUCUUUGAACUGUAAUCUGGUAUAUCACAAUGGUAUAUCACCGAGUAUAUUCGAGCCGGUAACCUACUGUAAUUUUUUAUACUACAGAAACAGAAAUUGCGCAGUCACGAAAAGAGUAAGGUUUACUGGGUUGAUAUACUUUACCUUUUGCAGGAUUUCACCUACGUAACAUUAACAGUGCCUUCGGAUACAGAGUAGGGUUUCUUCUGCAACGGAGGGGGCGAGGUGCUCCGUUUCAAGAUAAAAAAGAAUGAAUAACUACGAUCACAGCAUUUCAACCGUUUUUAUUCAUUACAUCGCUCUUGGGUUCAUUGUAAUGCCCGAUGCUGAAGCAAGGCCAACAUUUUUAGAGGACAUUAUUCGUUUCUAUGGUCAAAAUGACACGUUUUCAGUUGAAAGUCUGGAGAAUAUCUUGGGAUUAAUGAAAAAGGGAAGAGGAACUUACGACCUGAAGGAUGACCAAAACUCCCUGGUAAAUUCAAAGUGUCUUUCAGCCACAGAGGUUUUGUCCCAAUAUGAUCUUAUCAACCACACUGAGCUGAGUGUGGAACAUCUGCAGCACAUCUGCCCGGCUCUCCUUCACCAGGGGGUGCUGUCUGCUUGCCCCGACUCUGUCCCACACAAGCGUGUGGACUACAAAGUGUGGGGCUAUGCUUUCCUGGCAGUGACUGUCAUCAACCUGUCCUCCCUGAUGGGCUUAUUGCUCACCCCCUUCACCGCAAAGCCCUGCUUCCCUAAGCUGCUCACCUACUUCAUGGGCCUGGCCAUCGGGACGCUGUUCUCCAAUGCAGUGCUGCAGCUCAUCCCUGAGGCCCUAGGGUUUGACCCCAAAGCUGAUGACUACAUUCUCAAAGCCAUUGGCAUAUUUGGAGGAUUCUAUCUACUUUUCAUCACUGAGAGAAUGCUAAAGUUGGUCCUAAAAACCAAUCAAGAGCAUGGUCAAAGCCACUUUGGCACUACGCAACAAACCCCAGCGACCCCCUUGCCGAAAGUGGAUGUGACAGCCAGGGGCGAGGUGUCCGUCGUCUGCAGCGCCGUCAGCAUUGACAGCCUGGCCAGCAGCAGAGCCAGCAUCAUCUCCGAUGCUCCCGCCCAGCAGGAGGUGCAGGUGUCCAACGGCCACUGCUGCUGGCUGCGAGGCCCGCCCAUGCACAAAAUUAAGACAGUGGCGUGGAUGAUCUCGCUGAGCGAUGCGAUACACAACUUCAUCGACGGCCUGGUCAUUGGAGCAUCGUUUACUGUGUCUGUGCUCACUGGCUUCAGCAGCUCCAUCGCCAUUAUCUGUGAGGAGUUCCCGCAUGAGCUGGGUGACUUUGUGAUCCUGCUGAAUGCAGGCAUGAGUAUCCCCCAGGCCGUCUUCUUCAACAUGUUGUCAGCAAUGUCCUGCUAUGUGGGCCUGGUGCUGGGGGUCUUGGUGGGCGGCAGCUUCGCCCCCAACGUCAUCUUCGCCGUCGCCGGGGGCAUGUUUCUCUACAUCUCACUGGCCGAUAUGUUCCCCGAGAUGAACAGCAUCCUGAAGGAGCAGGAGGGUUCCACCAGCAACGCCUUGCUGUUCUUCCUGAUCCAGAAUGUCGGCCUGCUCAGCGGCUUCUCCAUCAUCCUGCUCAUCACCAUGUUUGCUGGGGAUAUCAGCCUGGGGUAGGGGGCCUCGCUGCAGCCCCCACUCAGCCUGUGGCAGCACAGAGCACCCCCACGCUGCUGCUACAGGGUAUUACGGGGAGGGUUUCCCAGCCCCUCCUAUCAAACGCCAGCCCACUGCUGUGAGCUGUGCCUAAAGACUUGCCAAGUUCUGAUUGCCGGUGUGCAGAACUCAAAUCAAACCCCAAACUGCCUUAAGUGACAUGACAGUGCUUACAUUACCUCCAAGGCCUGACGUUCUUCCUUAUACUGCUCCCUAUGCAAACAUCUGAUUUAUGUUGAAACAACUUCUGCAUUGGUUGACAAACAAUGUAUUUUUCCUUACGGUAAGGAGGGCAAGCAGUGGUGACGAACCAUGAAUUCUUGAUUUUCAGCAUUAUUGGAGUUUUAAACUAUGACUGUAUUUCAAAUGUGUUCACGUAGAAUAUGCAAAUCAUGUAUAACAUGACAUGUACGUUUCUUUAUAGUAUGUUUACUCUGCCUUUAAAAUGGCUGUUCCUCUACACCAGGAUCUUAUCAUCUGAGGUGCUACUAUCAUUUAACCCAUGGAGCAACACAGCUGGUGGGAGAAAUCGGAUGAAAAUGAAAGCACGCAGACCUUUGA